UGGGGAGACUAGAGGUUUUUUUCAAUGUAAAGUUUUGCUCUCUCAAAUAAAACAUCUGAAAUUCAAGACAUCUUUAAGAAUUUCUUACAAAAGCAUGCUGAAGGACGGUGGAUCUUGUUUUCUCCCAGGAAGGAUCUCUUGGAAUACUUUUUCCUUCUUGUUUUAAAUUGAUUGUCAACAGAUGCAGAAGCCACAUCUUUUUAUUGGUUUAGUUCUUAAGUUAUUAAGCAAAGAGAAAAAUGAAACUCCUUAAGAUUGACACUGGACAAAACACCUCUUCUUCCUGGCUUAUAAAAUUCAGUUUUCUUUGGCUUUUUAGCUUGAACUGUUGCAAAGCUGAUGCAGUUUGGACUGCUUACAUGAACAUAUCUUUUCGCGUCGGGAAUCGCGUUUUGUCAGUUAUAGGGGAAACUGGAGUAUUUGGAAGAAGCUCCCCUUUGAAGAGAGUGUCAGGAGUUCUAGUGCCUCCAGAUGGAAAAACUAAAAAUGCGUGUAGUCCCAAUACCAGUUUCAGCAGACCAAAGAACUCAGAGAUGUGGGUUGCACUUAUUGAGCGGGGUGGUUGUAACUUAACACAGAAAAUUAAGGUGGCAACUGAGCAGGGGGCCUGUGCAGUGAUCAUCUAUAACUUCCCGGGAAGCGGCAAUCAGCUUACCCCUAUGUCUCAUCAGCCUUUUAAAGACACUGUUGUAGUUCUGAUUAGCAACUUAAAAGGAAUGAAAAUCUUGCACUUGAUUCAGAUGGGAGUUCCUGGUACAGUCACAGUUGAGGUGGGGAGAAAAUAUGUCAUCUGGAUGAAUCACUACUUUGUCUCUUUCCUGAUUGUCACUACUGCUACAUUAACGUAUUUUACCUUUUAUCAUAUUCAUAGACUUUGGGUAGCGAGGAGUCAGAAAAGGAGAUGGCAGAAAUUAGCCACAGAUCUUAAGAAAGCCUUUGCCCACCUCCAGGUUCGCGUAUUAAAGGAAGGAGAUGAGGAGUUAAAUGCAAGUGGAGAUAGCUGCAUAGUCUGCCUUGAACCUUAUAAGCCUAACGAUACGAUUCGAAUUCUGACUUGUAAGCAUGUUUUCCACAAGAACUGCAUUGACCCGUGGAUUCUCAGCCGUGGCACAUGCCCCAUUUGCAAAUGUGAUGUUCUUAAAGCUUUGGGGAUUCAGGUGAACAUUGAAGAUGGAGUAGAAUCUUUGCAAGUUCUGAUGGCGGAUGAGUUGGCUGAAUCCCUGUCGUCUAGGGAAGAGGAGACAAAUAAUGAAGUGACCACCGCAAGAACAUCAGACGGAGAACACCACACCUCUAGGGAUGGCACCAGCAAGCCCAGUUCCAUAGGGGAAGCUGUUUAUCCUUCACCAUGACAGCGUAACCUUCGAGGAAAUGGAUUAAAUCUGUUUG